AUGUUUAAAGAGAGAAAGAAAUCGCAAGAGUUAGAAAGAAGAAUUCAAGCAAUGAGCGAACUUUUCAGCGAGAUGGCCGACGAUAACUUAAAGCUUAAAGAAAUCCUUGAGGAUACCAGAAAUAGAAUGAUACAGAAUCAAAAAGAUUUCAACAAAGAAGUUGCAUUGGCCGUAAAGAGACAACAGCUACAACAACAACAGCAAAAUGGUAAUAAAUUAUUUUCAGGUUUAUCAAAAUUAAUACCGGGCACCAAUGGUAAUCAACAGUUACAGGUUUCAAAUCAACAGUCACAAAAUAUAACUCCAUCAUCGUCUCCUAAAAAAGAAUUAUCAUCUAAUAGUCUUUUAUCAGUACCAACAUCACCAACACUUACUUCACAAGGUAGCUCAUCAAAUCUUUUAUCGACUGAACAAAUUAUACUAAAUAGUCUCGAAGAAAUUCAAAAGAUUGAAGAUUUAAUUGGUUUAGAUUUAAUUCUUAAUACUGAUGAAAAGUGGACAAACAAAUUUAGAGAUGCCUCUACCAAAAUGAUUUCGAAAUCACUUUUAAUUAAAGUUCUUGACAAGGUCGAGGCAGAAAAAUCAAAAUCUCAAGAGACUAUCGAAAAACUUCGUUUAUCUGUUCAAGAUUUAGAAAGUAGAACUGAUGAUUUAACUCACGAAAUUCAUGUUCAAUCUGAAAAAUUAAAAUCUGCAGAAGAGUCACAAUUUAAAGAGAAACAACGUGGAGAUUCAUUUAGAGAUAGUGCUGUCGAAUAUGAAAAGAAAAUCAAAGAAAUUGAACAAAGAAUGUAUGAUAAUUUAAAUAAAGAAUCACAACGAAGAAUUGAUGCCGAAUAUAACUUAAAGAGAAUGAAGAAAAAGGUUGAGGAACUUCAAUUUAUGUUGGAUCAAAUGAAUGAUAGUGAUGAUGACAGUGAUGAAGAUAGUGACCAAAGCUCAAAUGAAGAUAGUGAUGAUAGCUCCAAUAGUGACAGUGAUAGUAGUGACGAUAAUGAAAAAUCUACUAAACAAAAAGAAAAGGAGCUUAAAGAAAAAGGAAUUAAGGAAAAAGAGGAACUAGAGAGGCAAAAUAAGCUAAAGCAAGAAGAAGAAGAAAGAAAGCAAAAAGAAGAAAAUGAAAAGAAGGCUAAACUUCAGGAGCAAGAAAAAUUGAAAAAAGAAGAGGAAGAAAAAAAAAAAAAUUUAUUAGAGAAAAAGCGUAAAGAAGAUGAAGAUAAAAGAAUAGCAGAAAAAAAACGUCUAGAUGAAGAAAAAAGAAUUGCAACCGAAAAGAAAAGAGUCGAAGAUGAAGAAAAGAGGGUAGCAGCUGAAAAAAAGCGUAAGGAGGAUGAAGAAAAGAGAUCCUUAGAAAAAAAACGCAAGGAGGAAGAAGAAAAGAAAGCUGAGGAAGAAAAAAAACGUUUAGAACAGGAAAGAGAAUUAAAAUUAGAAAAUGACCGUAAAAUUAGAGAAGAAAAGAAAUUUAAGGAACGUGCUGAUAGAGAAGAAAAAGAAAGACAAGAGGUUGAACGUUUAGCUAGAGAGCGUCAAAUUGCCCAGAAUGCCAAGGAAGAGCAAGAAAAAGAAAGAAUAUCAAAACUAAAAGAAAAAGAGGAAAAAGAAAGAGCUGAACAAGAGGAAAAAGAUAGAGUACUCAAACAACAAGAACAAGAAAGAGUUUUAAAAGAAAAAGAAAAAGAAGAAAAAGAAAAAUUAGAAAAAGAAGAAAAAGAAAGAUUAGAAAAGGAAGAAAAGGAAAAAAUAGAAAAAGAGGAAAAGGAAAGAUUAGAAAAAGAAGAAAAAGAAAAACAGGAUAAAAUUAAACAGGAUCAGGCUUUAAAGGAACAGCAAGAAGAGUUACAACGAUUAAGAGAGCAAAAAAGAAAGGUUGAUGAAGAAAAAGAAAAGGAGGUAGAAAGAAUUAAACAAGAGGAGGAACAAAAGAAAAUAGAUGAAGAAAAGAGAAUCAAAGAUGAAGAGACAGCCAGGCUUAAUCAAUUAAAAGAAGAGCAACAACGUCUUUUCGAUGAACAACAAGAAAACUUAAAAGAGAUUGAAAAACAGGAUUUGAUAAUAGAAAGAGAAGAGUUAGAAAUGGAAAAAGCUCGUUUAGCUAGUUUAAAAGCUGCCAGUAGAUCAAACUCUAUGAACUCAGAUACAUCUUCACAUUCAAACGAAUCAGGUUCACAUCAAUCCACAACCGCAACCCCAGCUGCAUCAAAUCAAACAGAUGAUCAUAAUGGUAUACCUUCAAGAAAAAUGAGUAUAAGUGGUGGUUUAAAUUCAUUAUUUAAAAAAGUUAGCAAGGAUACCUCAGGUCCAACAUCAUCAACACCAUCGUCACCAACAAUAGCUCCAAAUCCAUUAUCACAUUCUUCCAACAGUAAUGUCUCUGACGAUAAGAAAUCCAAAGAAGAUAAGAAACAACGUGAAAAAGAAUUAAAGGAACAAAAAGAAAAAGAAAAAAAAGAAAAGGAGGAAAAGAAGAAAAAAGAAAAAGAAGAAAAGAAAGAAAGAGAAAAAAGAGAAAAAGAAGAAAAGAAAAAAGAAAAAUCAAUGAAAUAA